GCGAGUAGACUAACUUUUUUGCGCUUGAUAUUAUUUACCAAGUUGAAUAGUAAAAAGCGUGACUUUUAAAAAGAAAAAAAAAAAUUAAUUGAAAUAAGUUUUAUUGCAAAAAAGAAAUUAAAGUUGAAAAUUUAAUUGGUCUAACAAAAAAAUACAUUAAUAACUUUAGUGUUCGACAUUCGCACUAACAUUGUCGUGCUCUACAAAGUUUUGUUUUACGCGUUUCGCUUUAGCCUUGACAGUCACCAGCUAUUAGAGCGCGUAGAAAAAAUAUAAAUAAGCUCAGCAAAGCAGCCAACAGCUGUUGAUUCUGCCUAAAAGUUUGUGCAGUAGUGAGAAGAGAGCAACAACAAUGGAGCCGGUUAUAAACAAAGCUUUUGUUAAUGCAGGUCAGAAGCCUGGUGUGGAAAUCUGGCGAAUUGAGGAUUUUGAGCCAGUACCGUAUCCAGCCAAAUAUUAUGGAAAAUUCUACGAAGGAGAUUCGUACAUUAUUUUAAAGACCACCGAAGACCCGAAGAGCCAAAAACUUUCGUGGGACAUUCACUUUUGGUUAGGCGCUGAGACGACCACCGACGAGGCGGGCGCUGCGGCCAUUUGCACCGUGCAACUGGACGACCAACUGGAUGGCGCACCGGUGCAGCAUCGCGAAGUUCAAGAUCAUGAAUCACAAUUGUUCCUCAGCUACUUUAAAAAUGGUGUGCGCUACGAAAAGGGAGGCGUGGCUACCGGCUUUGAGCAUGUCGAUGUGAAUGCUGCUGGCGAGAAGCGUCUCUUCCAGGUGAAGGGUAAACGCAAUGUGCGGGUGCGUCAGGUGGCGUUGUCUAUAACGUCGAUGAAUCGCGGCGAUUGUUUCAUUUUGGAUGCGGGCGAAGAGAUACUCGUCUAUGUGGGCGAGCAGGCGAAGCGUUUGGAGCGUUUGAAAGCCAUUUACGCUGCAAAUGAAAUACGUGAUCAGGACCAUCAUGGACGUUCGAAGGUGAACAUUAUUGACAACUUCUCCUCUGAUUUUGCGAAGGAGCAUUUCUUCACUACACUCGGCUCUGGUUCGGCUGACGAAGUGCCAGAUGAGAGCACAGACGAAGAGGACGGCGCCUUCGAGACGGCCGAUAUCAAAGCAGUUACACUGUAUAAAGUUAGUGACGCUAGCGGGUCUUUGGAAAUCGAAAAGAUAUCCGAAAAACCACUACGACAAGAAAUGCUUAACACAGAUGACAGCUUCAUACUUGACACCGACUCCGGCAUUUAUGUUUGGGUCGGACGUAAUUCAACACAAAAGGAAAAGACCAGUGCAAUGAAAGCAGCUGAGCAUUUUUUAGAGACUAAUUCGUAUCCAACCUGGACACAGGUGCAUCGUGUCGUGGAGGAUGGUGAACCGGCGCCCUUCAAACAAUACUUCUCCACUUGGCAUGAUCAAGGCGUAUAUCAUAAGCGUUUGGUACGCACCGCAUUGGGUUACAGCACAGACGACUCCGAUUAUGAGGAACCCGAGGAUGUGGAUUCAGUUGUGCAGAAUCUGAAGAAGAGUGGUGGACGUGCAAUUGCUUUUAUGCCCGACUUUGGCGAACGCGAUAUCGAACAUAUUAUUAAGUUCAGCUCAGAGUCGGAAGAUGAUGUGGUGCGCAGUAUUGUAGACUUCGAAGGCACCACACCGCUGAUCGGUCAAUAUGCCUACAUUAUCACCUAUAAGUAUAGCGCUAAGAGUGGUGAGUCUGGCAAGCUCAUUUAUGUGUGGGAAGGUGCAAAAGCCAGUGAUGCCGUGAAGGAGCGUUCAUUCAAUGACGGUUUGGCUAUGGCACAGGAGGAGAAUGCCAUAUUGGUGCGCACCGGCCAAAGUCAUGAGCCGCGUCAUUUCUUGAAAAUCUUCAAGGGUAAGCUGAUUACGCCAUUCACCGAAGAGCCGAAGAGUGCGCAACUCUUCCGCGUACGCGGCACCGACGCGACCGAUGUACAUGCGACCGAAGUGAACUGUGACGCCUCAUCGUUAGCUUCUGGUGAUGUCUUUGCGCUAAUCACGCUCGAUCACAAAGUCUACAUAUGGAUUGGUCAGGGUGCUUCCGAUUUUGAGAAAUCUUCUGCGAAUGAGCGUUUUGCUCACUACUGGCCACAUGGCAAGACGGAGGUGAUUGAAGAAGGUUCUGAACCCUCGGAAUUUUGGGAAGAAUUGCAUGGUGAGGGUGAGUAUGACCGCAGCGUUAACGAUCUGGGUGCACCAUUGCUGGAACCGCGUCUGUUCCAUUGUCAAUUGGUGGCCUGGCGCACUAAGGUGGAGGAGGUGCGCGAAUUCGAGCAAUCGGAUCUCGAUGUUGAUGACGUCAUGUUGUUGGAUGCCGGUGAUGAAAUCUACAUGUGGGUUGGCUCCGGUGCAUCUGUAGAGGAAAAUGCCAAAAUUUUACAAAUGGCUCGGAAAUACAUCAAACAAGAGCCUACCGACCGCACUGUCGAUACUGUCAGCGUGAUUCGUAUUGUUCAGGGCAAUGAGCCGCGUGUAUUUACACGUAUGUUUCCCUCCUGGGACAAUGACUACUGGAAGUCAAUAAUAUCGUAUGAUGAUGUCAAGGCGCAGGUGAAGAAGCAUAAUGCAACACUGUGAGCUGCCAAUAAGGAAUAAAAUAUAUAUGCAGUUAUAUGACGUGAUUAUCUGUGGGAAAUAAACUGAUGUCCUUUGAUAUUUUGUA